UAGUCACGAUGAAAUGGAUCGUCGCGCUUUACAUAUACCAGCUUACACCGUAUUAUGGCACAGUCAGUAAAAAUGCGCGGAGCAGUUAUUAUUCUCUACUUUGUCGGUUUCCUGUUUGAAAAAAUAACAGGACAUGCAACGCAAGAAAGGCAACUAAAAAUUAUCGGAGGACAAUUAGUCGAUAUAAAAUAUCGACCCUUCGUGCUUGCUUUACAAGAUGAAAAUGGAUUUUUCUGCGGUGCUAGCAUAAUAUCACGGAAAUAUGGUCUCACCGCUUUUCAUUGUUUAGAUCCGCCAACAUCCAAGUAUUAUGUACGGGCUGGAUCCAACAGAACGGAUAAAGGUGGAUCCCUGCAUAAAGUGACAAAAAUUCAUAUAUAUAAUGAUUCAUACGUCCCCUCAUUUUCGACAUUACCGGUCCACGACAUCGCACUUUUUGAAGUAAAACCAUUCUUUCGUUUUUCAAAAACCAUUCGACCAAUUCGUCUACCAAGACCAGCUCCUAAAAUAUACCAGAAAUUGUUUAUCUGCGGCUGGGGAACCACUGAUUCAGGACAAGUAUCUCAAACUCUUAGAGGCAUUUACAUUCAUCACGUUCCGUUUGAAACCUGCAUUCACACUAGUAAGAUAUACAAAAAAAUCGUUGAAGAUGAUCGUCAUAUAUGCUAUGGAAACCCAGGAAAAGAUGCUUGUCAGGGAGAUUCCGGAGGACCAUUAACCAGUAACAAAACAAUUUACGGUGUCGUAUCUUUUGGUGAUGGUUGUGGAAAAGUGCCUGGUGUUUACGUUAGAGUAUCCUAUUAUCUAGAGUGGAUUAAAAAUGUUACGAAUUUAUGAUUGCACACCUGGUCAAUGAAUAAUUUCGAUUUUUUUUAGUUUUAAUUAGUUUGUUCCGAAUUAGUUUUAAUCGGCCUGUAAAAUUACUUGAUCUGAUUAUUAAUAUUUUUUAACAAUUAAAAAGAGUUGGUUUAUUUAAAUGUACCUUAAAUAUACUUUAGUUUUGAACUAUGAUUAGUAGUAGAGAUUUACGAUUAUUAGAAAUAUGAAAAAUUUGUUAUUUUAUGAUUUUCGGUGUGUAUAGCGAAUUACAAAUUUAUUAAACUUAUUUAAUAAAAUUAUAUUGUAUUUUGUGUUGGUGAAUAUAGCAAAAAAAUAACUCAAUACAUGAUGCUACUAAAAGCCUUGUGUUCUUAUCCAAGUAUACAGGUUGAAAGUAUUGUUUUCGAGAGAAUAGGCACAAAAGGCAUAUCGAAUCACGGAGUCGUGAACCCUCCUGCGUUCAGGUCCGGUGCGUGCAGGAAAUUCACUACAUACACGCGCUACGCAAGAGUGUCUCGCACCCGUGCACGCGACUCACGUAGCACUCGCUCGUGCAAAGCUAAAUAAAAGAUACAAAUACGUGAUCACAUAAUGUACUUAAUGAAUAUUGAGUUUUACGUGACCAUGAUAUUUUUGAUAAUAUUUAUAGCUUUUGUAUACCAUAUGUAGGUACUGGUCAUAACGCAGCAAUUAACAAAACAAUGCUGGAUUAAAGAGUA